AUGGCGUCGACAAUGGUGGAAGCGUCCGAGUACGCGCCCAAGUUCGCGCCCUUUAUCGGCAUGGCCGGUAUCGCGGCGGCCAUGGUCUUUGGAUGCAUCGGUGCUGCCUACGGUACAGCCAAGUCGGGUAUCGGAAUCGCCGCCGCCGGUACCUUUAAACCCGAGAUCAUCAUGAAGUGUCUCAUCCCAGUCAUCAUGUCCGGUAUCCUGGCCGUCUACUCUCUCGUCAUCUCGGUCCUCAUCGCCGAAGACCUGGCCCCUCCUUCCGUCAAGAGCUAUAACCUCUUUACUGGCUUCAUGCACCUUGCCUGUGGCCUGGCUGUCGGUCUCACCGGUCUCGCCGCCGGUUACUGCAUCGGCAUCGUCGGCGAUGCUGGUGUCCGCGCAUACAUGGAGCAGUCCCGCAUCUUUGUCGGCAUGGUGCUCAUCCUGAUUUUCGGCGAAGUCCUGGGUCUCUACGGUCUCAUUGUCGCCCUCAUCCUCAACACCAAGAGCAAGGGCUAA